UAGGACUGUGUGUUUUGGUAGGUCAGACAGGACUGUGUGUUUUGGUAGGUCAGACAUGACUGUGUGUUUUGGUGGGUCAGGUGGGGCUGUAUGUUUUGGCAGGUCGGACUGGAUUCUAUGUUUUGGUAGGUCAGACAGGACUGUGUGUUUUGGUAGGUCAGACAGGACUGUGUGUUUUGGUAGGUCAGAUGGGGCUGUGUAUUUUGGUAGGUCAGACAGGACUGUGUGUUUUGGUAAGUCAGAUGGGGCUGUGUGUUUUGGUAGGUCAGACGGGACUGUGUGUUUUGGUAGGUCAGACAGGACUGUGUGUUUUGGUAGGUUAGACAGGACUGUGUGUUUUGGUAGAUCAGACGGGACUGUGUGUUUUAGUAGGUCGGACAGGACUGUGUGUUUUGGGAGGUCAGACAGGACUGUGUGUUUUGGUAGGUCAGAUGGGGCUGUGUGUUUUGGUAGGUCAGACAGGACUGUGUGUUUUGGUAGGUCAGACAGGACUGUGUGUUUUGGUAGGUCAGACGGGGCUGUGUGAUUUGGUAGGUCAGACAGGACUGUGUGUUUUAGUAGGUCAGACAGGACUGUGUGUUUUGGUAGGUCAGACGGGACUGUGUGUUUUGGUAGGUCAGAUGGGGCUGUGUGUUUUGGUAGGUCAGACAGGACUGUGUGUUUUGGUAGGUCAGAUGGGGCUGUGUGUUUCGGUAGGUCAGAUGGGGCUGUGUGUUUUGGUAGGUCAGACAGGACUGUGUGUUUUGGUAGGUCAGACAGGACUGUGUGUUUUGGUAGGUCAGACAUGACUGUGUGUUUUGGUGGGUCAGGUGGGGCUGUAUGUUUUGGCAGGUCGGACUGGAUUCUAUGUUUUGGUAGGUCAGACAGGACUGUGUGUUUUGGUAGGUCAGACAGGACUGUGUGUUUUGGUAGGUCAGAUGGGGCUGUGUAUUUUGGUAGGUCAGACAGGACUGUGUGUUUUGGUAAGUCAGAUGGGGCUGUGUGUUUUGGUAGGUCAGACGGGACUGUGUGUUUUGGUAGGUCAGACAGGACUGUGUGUUUUGGUAGGUUAGACAGGACUGUGUGUUUUGGUAGAUCAGACGGGACUGUGUGUUUUAGUAGGACAGACAGGACUGUGUGUUUUAGUAGGUCAGACAGGACUGUGUGUUUUAGUAGGUUAGACAGGACUGUGUGUUUUGGUAAGUCAGAUGGGGCUGUGUGUUUUGGUAGGUCAGAUGGGACUGUGUGAUUUAGUAGGUCAGACAUGGCUGUGUAUUUUGGUAGGUUAGACAGGACUGUGUGUUUUGGUAAGUCAGAUGGGACUGUGUGUUUUAGUAGGUCAGACAGGACUGUGUGUUUUGGGAGGUCAGACAGGACUGUGUGUUUUGGUAGGUCAGAUGGGGCUGUGUGUUUUGGUAGGUCAGACAGGACUGUGUGUUUUGGUAGGUCAGACAGGACUGUGUGUUUUGGUAGGUCAGACGGGGCUGUGUGAUUUGGUAGGUCAGACAGGACUGUGUGUUUUAGUAGGUCAGACAGGACUGUGUGUUUUGGUAGGUCAGACGGGACUGUGUGUUUUGGUAGGUCAGAUGGGGCUGUGUGUUUUGGUAGGUCAGACAGGACUGUGUGUUUUGGUAGGUCAGAUGGGGCUGUGUGUUUUGGUAGGUCAGACAGGACUGUGUGUUUUGGUAGGUCAGACAGGACUGUGUGUUUUGGUAGGUCAGAUGGGGCUGUGUGUUUUGGUAGGUCAGAUGGGGCUGUGUGUUUUGGUAGGUCAGAUGGGGCUGUGUGUUUUGGUAGGUCAGACAGGACUGUGUGUUUUGGUAGGUCAGACAGGACUGUGUGGUUUGGUAGGUCAGACAGGACUGUGUGUUUUGGUAGGUCAGAAGACAGGGCUGUGUAUUUUGGUAGGUCAGACAGGACUGUGUGUUUUGGUAAGUCAGAUGGGACUGUGUGUUUUAGUAGGUCAGACAGGACUGUGUGUUUUGGGAGGUCAGACAGGACUGUGUGUUUUGGUAGGUCAGAUGGGGCUGUGUGUUUUGGUAGGUCAGACAGGACUGUGUGUUUUGGUAGGUCAGACAGGACUGUGUGUUUUGGUAGGUCAGACGGGGCUGUGUGAUUUGGUAGGUCAGACAGGACUGUGUGUUUUAGUAGGUCAGACAGGACUGUGUGUUUUGGUAGGUCAGACGGGACUGUGUGUUUUGGUAGGUCAGAUGGGGCUGUGUGUUUUGGUAGGUCAGACAGGACUGUGUGUUUUGGUUGGUCAGACAGGACUGUGUGUUUUGGUAGGUCAGACAGGACUGUGUGUUUUGGUAGGUCAGAAGACAGGGCUGUGUAUUUUGGUAGGUCAGACAGGACUGUGUGUUUUGGUAGGUCAGAUGGGGCUGUGUGUUUUGGUAGGUCAGACAGGGCUGUGUAUUUUGGUAGGUCAGACAGGACUGUGUGUUUUGGUAGGUCAGACAGGGCUGUGUAUUUUGGUAGGUCAGACAGAGCUGUGUGUUUUGGUAGGUCAGACAGGGCUGUGUAUUUUGGUAGGUCAGACAGGGCUGUGUGUUUUGGUAGGUCAGACAGGACUGUGUGUUUUGGUAGGUCAGACAGGACUGUGUGUUUUGGUAGGUCAGACAGGACUGUGUGUUUUGGUAGGUCAGACAGGACUGUGUGUUUUGGUAGGUCAGACAGUGCUGAACAAGGCUAUUCCUCAGGAGGAUGAGACUAGAGGGACUGACAUGCAUGCUGCUGCACAGGAAACCACUGGUGUGUGUGUGGUUGAGGGGCUGGUUAUAGACUGGUCUGCUGACAGAGACAAACAGGAAGGAAGUUAGCAGGUGUGUGACUGUGUGUGUCCUCUGAAACAGGACAGGGGCAGUGUUUGCCUGACCUACACAGGUAGGUCAGGCAAACUGUGUGUGUGUGUGUGUGUGUGUGUGUGUGUGUGUGUGUGUGUGUGUGUGUGUGUGUGUGUGUGUGUGUGUGUGUGUGUGUGUGUGUGUGUGUGUGUGUGUGUGUGUGUGUGUGUUUGGUUUCACAUGUCUGUGUUACACAAAUUGAUUGCAGCUGUGUGUAUGCAUGUUUUGCACACUACACAAGUGUAUGUGUAUGUGUGUGGGGUUUCAUAUCAUUAUUAAUAGUUUGGUUUCUAUAGUAUUAUCUGUCAGAUGAUUCCCCUGACCACACAUUGUUAGCAAUGUGGAGGACAGAGGCAAUGUGGAGGACAGAGGACAGACCUUUUCACCUCACUCUCUUCUUCACACUUUAUGGAUGUGUGUGUGUGUGUGUGUGUGUGUGUGUGUGUGUGUGUGUGUGUGUGCUCUACUCUGGAUAAACAGAGCAGUCAUUUAAUUUUAAAAGCUCUCAUCAAUAUUAGAGGACAGAAGGAGGCAGGGAGGGUUUCUCCAAAACAUUCACUGCAUCAUUCAGCACAAAAAGCCUUUA